AUGCGUCUUGAAAACAAAGUUGCUCUUAUCAGCGGGGGUUCUCGGGGUCAGGGCGCUGCGGAAGCCCGGCUGUUCGCCGGCGAAGGCUGUAAGGUCGUAAUCGCCGACGUUCUGGAGGACGAGGGGAGGCGGCUGGAGGCCGAAAUCAACGAGACCGGCGGCGAGUGUGUAUUCGUCAAGCUGGAUGUCACCAGCGAGGACGAGUGGAACGCGGCCAUCAACACCACGGUGGAGCGGUUCGGCAAGCUGGACAUCCUGGUGAACAACGCCGGCAUCUACCGGCAGGUGGGUAUCGAGGACACCAGCGAAGAGUUGUGGGACAACAUCUUCGACAUCAACGCCAAGGGAGUGUUCCUGGGCACCAAGGCCGCCAUCCCUGAAAUGCGCAAGGCCGGCGGCGGUUCCAUCAUCAACAUCUCCAGCGUGGCCGGCCUCAUCGGCAGCUGGCGGGCGCCGGCCUACGGGGCCACCAAGGGCGCGGUCCGCCUGUUCACCAAGUCCACCGCCAUCCAGUACGCCGCCGAGGGCAUCCGCUGCAACUCCGUUCACCCCGGCAUCAUCGAGACGCCCAUGACCACGCCGACCCUGCUGCGGGACGACGCGGCGCGGCAGGCGUCGCUGGACCGGACGCCCAUCGGCCGGGUCGGCCAGGCCGAGGACGUCGCCUAUGGGGUGCUGUUCCUGGCGUCUGACGAGUCGUCCUUCAUGACCGGCAGCGAGUUGGUGAUCGACGGCGGGUUGUUCGCCCAGUAGCGGUUCGGGCGCGCCGUUUUGAUGCCCGCGCGGCGCAUCACCCUCGUUGGCAGCGCGGGCGCGGUGGCGGUUGUCCUGUGUCUGCUAACCUUGUUGGUGCCCACCAACACCGCCCACGCCUGCUCGUGCGCCUCUGCCGGCUCGCCCGCCGAAGCGCUGGCGGACGCCGAUGCCGUAUUCGCCGGCGAAGUGACCUCGGUAAAAUUCAGCGGUACCUCCCCGUACCGGCUCUCGUCAGCGGCGCUGGUCACCGUGGAAUUCGGCGUCAGCCGCAUCUGGAAGGGGCCGCGCUUGGCCACGUUGACCGUCGAAACCGAGCGCCGCGAAGUUUCCUGCGGGUACGAGUUCAAAAAGGGACGGAAGUACAUCGUGUACACCUGGGACGGCACGCGAACCGGGCUUUGCACCCGCACCGCCCCGGCCUGGAUGGCGUUUCGCGAUUUUGUGGCGCUGGGCCCGGGACAACCACCUGAGCCCACGCCAUCGUCGGAAACUGCCGGGGGUGGUACCUGCUCGGCCACGGCGAGUUCGGGGGAACGGCGGGUGGAGGUCACCAUGCUGGGACUGCUGGUCGGCGUCAUAGCCUUGGGCAUACGCCGCCGACCUCGCCUAUAA